AUGAAUCAUCUUGACUGCAUCUGCCCAGGUUCUCCUGGGAGACUGGCUGAAAACCUGAAAAAGUAUAAAAAUGAGACUCAUCCUUCUACAACAUGGCAGAACAUGGAUGAAGUGCAGAGACCAGAACUUGGCAAAGGUGCAAGAACCAAAUCUAUCCUCACCACCCUUCUCAAGGUGCCCCUGAUGCUUGGCUUUUUGUACCUGUUUGUUUGCUCCCUUGAUGUACUGAGCUCUGCAUUUCAACUGGCAGGAGGUAAAGUAGCAGGGGACAUAUUCAAGGACAACGCUAUCCUUGCCAACCCCGUGGCGGGGCUCGUGGUGGGAAUCCUUGCCACUGUCCUGGUCCAGAGUUCCAGCACCUCCAGCUCCAUUGUCGUCAGCAUGGUUGCCUCUGGGCUGCUGGAUGUAGCUUCUGCCAUCCCCAUCAUCAUGGGUUCCAACAUCGGUACCUCAGUCACCAACACCAUUGUGGCACUGAUGCAAGCCAGUGACAGAAAUGAUUUUAAGAGAGCCUUUGCAGGGGCCACCGUUCAUGACUGCUUCAACUGGUUGUCAGUGCUGGUUUUGCUGCCGCUUGAGGUGACCACCGGCUAUUUGUACCAAACUACCAAGGUUGCUGUGGCGGCCCUCAAGUUCUGCGUUGGACAGGAUGCUCCAGAGCUCCUAAAAGUAAUCACAGAGCCUUUCACUAGCCUUAUUAUUCAGCUGGAUAGGUCAGUGAUCACAGGCAUCGCCACAGGGAACGAGAGCUUGCACAACCAGAGUCUGAUCCAGGUGUGGUGCGAAACACCAUCCAGGCAGGUUUUUUCCAAUGACAAUAGAGGAGGACUCCUAAAUUGCAGCUCACUUAUUCCAUGCCACUUGGGAAGUUCUGGCAAUCUCAGCAGUGCCAUGAAACAGAAAUGCAACCACCUCUUUGUGGACUCCUCUCUGCCGGACUUGGCUGUUGGGCUCCUGCUGCUGGCUGGGUCCCUGAUCAUGUUGUGUACCUGUCUCAUCAUGUUGGUUAAGCUACUCAACUCUGUGCUCAAAGGCCAGGUAGCCAGAGCUAUCCAGAAGGUCAUUAACACAGAUCUGCCAUCCCCAUUUGGCUGGGUCACUGGAUACUUCGCCAUGCUUGUUGGUGCUGGAAUGACCUUUGUGGUACAGAGCAGUUCCGUCUUCACAUCGGCAAUCACACCACUCAUCGGCCUUGGUGUCAUUAGCCUGGAACGUGCCUAUCCACUCACUCUGGGUUCAAACAUGGGAACAACAACCACUGCUAUCCUAGCCGCUUUAGCCAGUCCAGGAGACAAAUUGGCCAGCGCUUUUCAGAUUGCUCUCUGCCAUUUUUUCUUCAACCUCUCUGGGAUCUUGCUGUGGUAUCCUCUGCCCUGCACCCGCCUCCCCAUCCAAAUGGCCAGAGGACUCGGAGAACAGUCAGCCAAAUACCGCUGGUUCGCAAUCUUCUACUUGAUCAUCUGUUUCCUGUUGCUGCCAUCGCUGGUGUUUGGACUCUCCCUGGCUGGAUGGCGUGUCCUGGUGGGCGUGGGAGCCCCCUUCUUGAGCCUUCUGGCUUGUGUGGCCUUUGUCAACUUCAUGCAGUCACGAAACCCUAGCCGACUGCCUCAGUGGCUUCAGAGCUGGGACUUCCUACCCUUCUGGCUGCGCUCCUUGCAACCCAUAGAUGGGCUGGUCACCAGGACCAUGCAGUGCUGCACUGUUUGUUGUUCACACAGCCGAGAGAAACACAGUGCUACAUCUCCCCAGGCAAAAGUCAAAUUGGGCCUGUGUAAUCCUUCACUCAGCUUCCUGGAGGAAUUAUCUCUCCCACCAAAAUCCUCAUCCUUUGUGAAUUCACAGCCAGCACCAAAAGCUACCUACCUGUAA